UACCGGGUGUCUCACAGUGGUGGCUGCUGCUGUCGCACUUCACGACGAGCCGUGAGACAUGGUGAAAGUAUGCCAUCAUCUCACUGGAGGUCUCAUCACGUGAUUAUGUAUCUACGUGUCUCAAUUUACGUUUUGAUUCAUUGACAGGAGCAUCAGAUGUUUACUCUGAUAAACAUGAAGUAUAACACUAACAACUUAUAGGUAACCAAAUUUCACCGGAGAACUUGAAAGGGAAUACAAAGCAGAGGAAGAACGACUUUCAAGAUGAACCCUCACUGGGCAAAAAGAUGCUUGAAAGUGCAGCAACAGCAUUUGCCAGCAUUGUUGUCCUCGGAACGGGAUUUGGACUUGGAGGUUAUAUGUACCACAAGUUCUACAAAUGGCUUGUUCUCCACAAGAUGGAGGGCGCCUUUGAACCAGGCGACCCUGUCCUCGAGCUCGCCGCCAUUGGCAAACAGAUGCCAAACGCCAUCCCGACGGAACAAGGAGACGAUCAUUGGAUUCUCCGAGACGAACAAGCCAAGAUCGAUGCUAUUGUCAAUGGAGAUGAACGAGGAAGGUAUCACCUCUUGAUUGGCGAGAAAGGUACUGGGAAAUCGAGCAUGUUGCUCGAUGCUAUGCAGAAGAUCAAUGGUGAGGGAUGCAGUAUGUUUGAGGCUCAUGCAGAUUCGGAAAUUUUCCGUGUACGGCUGGGGAAGGCUCUGGAUUUUGAGUUCCAUGAAGACUAUAUCGGAUCGUACUUUUCAGAACGAGGCCCUCGAGACUCUACAGCACUUUUGGAUAUUGAACGAGCUUUCAACAAGCUAGAGAAAGUGGCUUUGAAGCGACGAAAAUUGGUGGGGAAACCUCUUAUCAUAAUCAUUAACGCAGUUCAUCUUUUAAGAGACGACGAAGAUGGGCGGGAUCUCCUCGAAUUACUUCAGCAACGAGCAGAACAAUGGGCAGCAGCGAACCUCGUCACCAUGGUCUUCAACAGUGAUGAGUACUGGGUGUACGAACGAUUAAAGAAGCUUGCUACUCGCAUGGAGGUCACAGCCAUAUCCGAUCUCCCAAAGAGCCAAGCGAUGUCUGCGCUUUCAAAGUAUCGCCAGAAAUAUUUCCAAGAGGCUCCCGACUCAGAAGUCCUCUCGGAGGUUUAUAGUCGAGUUGGAGGCCGUCUCACACACUUGAAUCGAGUCGCCAAAUCAAAAGACAUGCUCAGCACCUGCGAUAAGAUCAUUGACACGGAACGAAAAUGGUUCCUCAACCAAUGCUGGAUCCUCGGUAUGGAAAUGGACGACGAUGUCAUGGAUCAGCAGAAAUAUGCCUCCGCAGCAAUGGUCCUAGCCCAAGCCCUCGUGCGCCUCGAAAACUCCCUCCCCUCAACCACCUCCCUGGACGACGGUUCGCACAUCAUCCCUCAAAUCCCACUGCACAUCGCCCGGCAAAUCAUGACGCGCGCCGACUUCAUCAAAGACUACGACCACGUGAACCUCUUCACAAUCACCUCGGAAGCCUACGUGCGCGCCGACUCGGUGCCGAUGCAGCGCGCGUUCCGACAAAUUUGCGGGGAAGAAGGCUUCGAUGAGCAUUUGGAGAAGACGCUGCAGAGGAUUAACGAUAUUGAGAGUUUGGGGCGCACGAGGGAGGUGGUGGCGAAAGAUUUGGUGUUGGGCGGUAGGUAUAAGUUUUUGAUGAGGGAGGGGGAGAGGAGGGGGGAGAGGGUUGCGGAGGUUGUGUUGGAGGAAAAAGAAGAGGAGGAGGAAGGGGGUGGUGGGUGA